AUGUCUACAGAUGUUGCCAGACAAGUAGGUGUGUGGCGGCAAACUAGAGCUCUUUUAUACAAGAACUACUUGGUGAAAUGGAGGACCAAAAAGACUAGCAUGCAGGAAGUUCUGAUUCCACUUUCUUUGCUAAGUUUGCUAACAAUAAUAAGUGUGAUACAGCCAAAUAAAAGACAAGAUGAGGUGCCUGAUUCUGUUCUUCAUUCUGAGAAUCGCUCCAGCAUCUCAGAGUUUAUUAUUGGCUACACACCAGUAAAUAAUGAGACAAGAAGAAUCAUGCACAAUGCAUUUUCCGAAUCCUGCAUGGAAGGAAAAGAUGCAAGAGAAUUUGUGAGUGAGAAAGAAAUGGAAGACGCUCGUAAUCUUCAUAGCUCAGAAAAAUUUGUAGGUAUAAUUUUCAAAGAUUCCAUGACCUACCAUCUCAGAGUUCCUCCCAAACUGGUUCCAGUAUCUUCAAUCCAUGUGGAAUCAAAAACCCGUUGUUUAAGCUCUGCCCAGAUGUGUGAAGCGACUGUGUAUUGGCACAGUGGAUUUUCAGCACUGCAGAUUUGCCUGGAUGCAGGAAUUAUACAGUCAAGGACUAACCAUUCCAUUUUGGGAGAGUUGGAAUCAACGAAAGCCGUCAUGAUGGGAAGGUCUGCUACUGUAGAAAUAGAUUACUUUUUUCGUGCAGUGAUUUUAAUUUACCUGGUGAUUGCCUUUUCCCCUUUUGGCUAUUACUUGACAAUCCAUAUCGUGACGGAGAAAGAGAAGAAGAUGAAAGAAUUUCUAAUCAUAAUGGGACUUCAAGACAUGGCUUUUUGGCUAUCUUGGGUCCUACUGUACACCAGUCUGAUAUUUGUCAUGUCCCUUCUCAUGUCAAUCACUGCAACAUCUUCUUCGCUUUUCCCCAAAAGUAGCAGCUUUGUGAUAUUUCUCCUUUUUUUCCUAUAUGGAGUAUCCUCCGUUUCGUUUGCAUUUAUGUUAACUUCCAUUUUUAAGAAGUCAGCACAUGCUGGCUCAGCACAGUACUUCACAACCGUGGCCUUUGGUGCUGUGGGUCUGGCCAUUGUCCUGUUGGAAGAUUUUCCAAGGUCCUUUGUGUGGUCAUUAAGCCCUUUGUGUGAGUGCACAUUUUUAGUUGGCAUUGCACAGGUCAUGCAUCUGGAAGAUUAUGAAGAAGGAGCUGUUUUCUCAAAUUUAACUUAUGGCCCUUAUCCACUAGUUAUUACUCUUAUACUAUUGACCCUUGAUAGCAUGCUUUAUCUACUCCUGGGGGUUUAUUUGGAUCAGGUGAUUCCAGGGGAAUAUGGAUUGCGGCGAGAUUUUUUCUUCUUUCUGAAGCCCUCAUUUUGGAUAAAACGAACAAGAAAUUAUGAAGAGUUGUAUGAGAGUGGCAUUAGUGGGGGCUUGGAAUUCAAUGAGAUAAUUGAGCCUGUAUCUCCUGAAUUUCAAGGAAAAGAAGUUAUCAGAAUCAGCUGUGUCCAUAAAUCUUUUGAUAAAAAGGGUGAAACAGUGGAGGCUCUGAAAAGUUUAUCCUUUGACAUAUAUGAAGGUCAGAUCACGGCAUUACUUGGACACAGCGGAACAGGGAAAACAACAUUAAUGAGCAUCCUUUGUGGACUGUGCCCACCUUCUGAUGGCUUUGCAUCAAUAUAUGGAUAUAGAGUUUCUGAAAUAGAUGAAAUGCUAGAUAUAAGAAAGAUUUUAGGAGUUUGCCAGCAAUUAGAUAUAUAUUUUGAUGUAUUAACAGUGCAAGAGAAUCUCUCAGUAAUUGCCUCAAUUAAAGGUAUACCUCCCAAUGAUAUGGUGCAAGAGAUUGAGAAAGUUUUACAAGAUUUGGAUAUGCAACUCAUUAAGGACAACCAGGCAAAAAAACUAAGUGGAGGGCAGAAAAGAAAGCUGUCUGUUGCAUUUGCAGUUCUUGGAGAUCCAAAGGUAUUACUCUUAGAUGAACCAACUGCUGGCAUGGAUCCGUGCUCUCGACAUACCAUAUGGAACCUCCUGAAAAACAGAAAGGCCAAUCAAGUGACGGUGUUCAGUACCCAUUUCAUGGACGAAGCAGAUAUUAUCGCUGAUCGGAAGGCUGUGCUAUCCCGAGGAAUGCUGAAGUGUCUUGGGUCCUCUCUCUUCCUUAAGACAAAAUGGGGAAUUGGCUACCGCCUGAGCCUGCAAAUAGAUAGGUACUGUAACACGGAAGGUACAGCAUCACUGGUCAAACAGCAUAUCCCCAGCGCCAGUUUGUUAAAACAGAAUGAAGAGCAGCUUUUGUAUGCCUUGCCAUUUAAAGACAUGGACAAAUUUUCAGAACUGUUUGCUGAUCUAGACACUCAUUCCUAUUUGGGUGUUAUUUCGUAUGGGGUUUCUAUGACAACCUUGGAGGAUGUGUUCCUCAGGCUCGAAGUUGAGGGAAACAUUGACCAAGCAGAUUUCAGUGUUUUUAAUGCUGAGCAGGGCGAAGAGGAAAUGGAUCGAAAAUCUGUUGAUGAGUUAGAGCAGAGCCUACUCACCUUAUCUGAAACACGGUCUUGCAUAGUGAGCAGCAAGGCCCUGUGGAAAAAGCAGGCCAUUACGAUGGCAAAGGCUCAUUUUCUGAGCUUCAAACGUGACAAAAAAUCCAUGUCAGAGGUGUUCUUGCUAUUCAUAAUAUUUCUUGGAGUUGAGAUGUUUAUGUUUCAUAUGUAUCAGCUAUACUUUAAAAGUGCUUCAGCCCCUGUCAAACUCUCUCCAGACUUAUACUUCCUUAAACCAAAUGAAACUCAUCAUAAGUACAAAACCAGUCUCCUCAUUCAAAACUUCACUGGAUCAGACAUUGAUGACAUCAUCCACUCUCUUAGGAACCACAGUAUACUGACAGAAACAUUCAAUGGCAGCAACUAUCUUUCUGUUGCACCCCACAGUGCGGCGUUAAAUGUAUCUUGUGCAGGCCAGAGCUACAGCUUUACAGUUGCUUUUAACCGUACCAUGGUACAUUCUUUGCCCGUCAUGAUGAAUAUUGUUAGUAACCUCUACCUGCAGAAUUUAAAUGUAACUGGAAAUAUUCUAGUGUGGAGUAGUGCUUUCUUUCAUAACGUUACUGGCAGGGGUUUCAUAAUGGUACUGGUUUUUCAAAGUUUGACAUUAGGAGUUACAAUAACUGGGAUGCCAUCCUAUUUUGCCAUGGAGAAUGCAGAAAAUCACAGGAUGAAAGCCUACACUCAACUUAAGAUCUCAGGUCUUUAUCCAUCUGCUUACUGGUGUGGACAAGCACUAGUUGACAUUCCUUUAUAUUCCAUUAUUCUCUUUCUGAUGACAGGAAUCUUGUUUGUAGUUCAUCAUGAAAUUAAUUUUUCUUCUGCUGAAUUUAUUGCUGUGGUUUUCUGCCUUAUCGGCUAUAUACCUUCUGUAAUCCUGUUCCAUUAUGUUGUUUCUUUCACUUUUAAAACCAUACGAAAUACCAAAGAAUUUUGGUCAUUCAUUUUUUCAACUGUAGCCUUGAUUUGUAUAAUCAUUUCAGAUGUAGCUUUUAGUCAGUGGCCUGCGAUAGCUGUUAUAAUUCACACUUGUUUUUGUAUCUUCAUUCCAAUCUACCCUCUGAUUGGGUGUCUGAUUUCUGUUAUAGAGGUAAGUUUGCAGGGCUGAUACAGAGAAAUAGAAACAAGAAAUCCCAUGAGUACAGAAAGACUGCUGGUUUCUGUAGUUGUGCCUUAUUUGCAGUGUGUAAUUUGGCUCUUCCUUCUACGCUAUCUUGAAAUGAAGUAUGGAGGCAAAUCAAUGAGACAGGACCCAUUUUUCAGAAAUGCGACCUGUUUCCCCAUCCUCAGAACUCCUGUGAAACUCAAGCCCUGGAAAUUUCCAGAAGUGCCGCAUGAUGAGGAUGAGGAUGAAGACGUGAUGGCCGAGAGGCUGCGGGUUAAAGAGAUGACAACCUGCCAGAGCUGUGAGGAGAAACCAGCAAUUUUGAUCAACAGCUUGUAUAAAGUAUACAAUGAAAAGAAAGAUUUUCUUAUCAGAAGAAACAUUAAAAAAGUGGCAACUGAUUAUGUCUCUCUUUGUGUAAAAAAAGGAGAAAUUCUAGGAGUGUUGGGCCCAAAUGGAGCUGGGAAAAGCACAUUGAUCAAUGUUCUGGUGGGAGAUGUUGACCCAACUUCAGGCCAGGUGCUGAUGACAGAUUAUUCUUUAGGUGGCAAUAACGAGGAUAAUUCCCUGAGGUUUAUGGGAUACUGUCCACAGGCAAAUCCACUUUGGCCCAAUAUUACAUUGCAGGAGCAUCUUGAAAUUUAUGGUGCUAUCAAGGGAAUGAGUGACAGUGACAUGAAAGAAGUCAUAAAAUGUAUUUCCAGUGCCUUUGACCUGAAGGAACAUCUACAGAAAAUGGCAAAGAAACUUGGAGCAGGAAUCAAACGAAAGUUAUGUUUUGCCUUAAGUAUGCUCGGUAACCCUCCCAUCGCUCUACUAGAUGAGCCUUCCACGGGUAUGGAUCCUAUAGAAAUACAGCAGAUGUGGAAAGCAAUUCGGACUGCCUUUAAAAAUAAAGAGCGAGCAGCCAUUCUGACAACCCAUUAUAUGGCAGAAGCAGAAGCUGUGUGUGACCGGGUGGCAAUCCUGGUGUCUGGAAAAUUAAGGUCUAUUGGAACAGUUCAGCAUCUCAAAAAUAAAUUUGGCAGAGAAUAUUUCUUGGAAAUGAAAUUAAAAGACAAUGCAGAUAUACAGCUGAAGGAGUGUCUUCAAAGGAAAAUUUUGCACAUCUUUCCAAAUGCAAGUUGCCAGAAAAGCUUUGCUUCAAUUUUAGCAUAUAAAAUUCCAAAGGAAGAUGUGCAAUCACUCUCAUGGACUUUUUCUAAACUGGAAGAAGCAAAACAUGCCUUCAAUAUUGAAGAGUACAGCUUCUCUCAAGCAACACUUGAACAGGUAUUUGUGGAACUUGUAAAAGAGCAAGAGGAGGAAGACAGCAAUUUCGGAACACUGAAUGGAACGAUUAGUUGGGAAAGAGCCAAAGGAGAACAAGUUGUUUUCUGAUUUCUUCUGCAGUAUAAAUUCAAAAGAUUGA